CUGGGCCCUGUUCUGCUGGGCGCUGCAGAGACCCCAACUGAGAUCAGACCCCACUGUUGUGCCAGGCUACAGAAUAACGUCCACAUUUUGCUCCAGAUCAUCCCAUCCUCCCAGGGGGAAGGAAAUAGCUGGAGUGGAGCUGGCUCAGGGUUUCCAAUUUCCAAACCUGAUGUGAUCUCGCAGCUGGAACGAGGGGAAGAGCCGUGGGUCGCAGACCUCCAGGGCUCUGAGAAAGGAGUGCUCCCGAGAGCUGCCUGCACAGGUGAUGGGAUGGUGAGUGAGAAUCAGGAGGAGAAACCCCAGCAGGAAGAUGCUGAGCAAGUAGAACCACAUGGGAUGUUACCAGGAAGAUCCAAAGGGAAUGUUUCCGGGAGUUGUGCACUCCCAGAAAAAGCAAAAGCCUGUGAGACUCAGCACAGGCCAGAGGAAAACUUCAGUAGCCACUCAGACCUUUUAACACGUGACCAAAUCAACUUGGAAGAGACGCGCUACACAUGCCAUGAGUGUGGGAAAAGCUUCAAUGGGAUCUCUGACCUUCUCACACAUCAGAAAAUCCACAGUGGAGAGAGACCUUUCAUGUGCUCUGAGUGCGGGAAAAGCUUCAAUCGGAGUUCCUCCCUUAUCACACAUUGGAGAGUCCACACGGGUGAGAAACCUUAUGGAUGCUCUGAGUGUGGGAAAUACUUCAAUUGGAGCUCACAUGUUAUCCGACAUAGGAGAAUCCACACAGGUGAGAAACCUUAUGGAUGCUUUGAGUGCGGGAAACGCUUCAAUCGGAGCUCACACCUCAUCAGACAUCAGAGAAUCCACACAGGAGAGACGCCCUACACGUGCUCUGAGUGCGGGAAAAGCUUUAGUCAGCACUCACACCUUAUCAUACAUCGUAGAAUCCACACAGGAGAGAAACCCUACACGUGCUCUGAGUGUGGGAAAAACUUCAAUCAAAGCUCAACCCUUAUUAAACAUCAGAAAAUCCACAUGAGAGAGAACUGUAAUAAAUGCCUAGAUUAGGGCUGGCCAAAGAUUUGAUUUUUUUUAAAAUCACUUUUGCUAAUUCCCAUAUGGUGCAAAUAUCACUAUCUUCACGUGGUCUCUCAGCUCCCCCCAGAUGAGUUGCCUGCUUCUGCCUUUUGAAGCUCACUGUUCUUUGGGGUCAGUCCUGUGAUCUUUUCUAUCCACUCCUUUCCUUUUGAGUCGUAGGAGUGUGUGUCCCUCCAGCCAGUAAUGUUCAUCGGCUCCAGGUGGGAGAGAGAAAUUUGAUCCCAACAAGCUACACUGAGGCAAAAACUACCUGUACCUUACAUCCACUAGGACUGUACAUGGCAUUGGCUGCUCAAGUUAGUGAUCUUGGUGUAAAAAGACAAUUCUAGUUGUAGAGCAGAUGCAGCCCAUGUGCAGUGGUUGGCAUUAGCUUUCCCCUUGACCUGACCUAAACAAACCCUGAGCAUCACGGUUAUACUGUUCCCCCAUUUCAAAGCAAUUGUUAGUCAUCAAGUUCCCCCUCCGAGAACAAAUUGUUUCAUUCCCAUUUGCACUGACGUUGCUUCAGGUUGUGCUGGAAAACAGAUAUUUUUACUACCAUUUUCCUCAUUUAAAAUAUAUUGAACUAUAACAAAGAGCAGGAACAGGGCAGGGAUAAGGAAAAAUGUCAUUUCACCCUCUGUAACAACAGAAGAAGAUAGGGUAAGUCAGAGAGAUUCGCUUAUUCCCCAUCACCAUCCCAAUCCCCCUGUUGUUCAAUUGGUUAGGUCAAUAUUUUUUCUAAAGGCCUGGGAAGAGCAUUCCCUAGUAAAUGACUUGUAACUAAGCAAAAUACCCAUGCAUUGGGCUCCCAAAGCAGUUGUGGCCCAGGCCCUGCAGGAGGUCGCUCCUGAAGAUAUCUCCUUCCUAGUCAGGUGCAUGUUGCCUAUUAUUUGGGAAAUGCAAUCCCUAUCAAGGUAGAGAUGGGAAAAAUGGAAGUGACAUUUCUCUUCAGCUCACCCCUGGGAGAUGCUGCAAAUAUGUAGAAAAUGAAAUCCAUGUUGAAUUUGAUAUAGCUGCAGAAAUAUAUCUAUUUUUAAUAGAUACCUGAUAUUUGUUAUCUUACAGUGAUUCUAAGCAGCACCUGAAUUUAGUCCCUAAUUUAAAUCUGUCCCACCAAAU